GACUGACAACUCAUGGGGCCCCUGUGUCCUUGCCCAAACUCAAAAAAACCUAUGAAAAAGAUGACCCAGGGGCGGACUGAAAACUCAUGGGGCCCCCGGGCAAUAUGGGAUCAUGGGGCCCCUGUGUCCUUGCCCAAACUCAAAAAAACCUAUAAAAAAAAAGGUACCAGGGGCAUCUCAUGGGGCCCCCUACUGACCCCGGGCCCUCGAGCAGUGCCCACUUUCCAAAUGGUCAGUCCGCCCCUG